CGCAGGGUGGGGUCACGAGCAGGGAGAGGCGGAGGAGGAAAAAGGCAGAGAGAGAGAGCCCAGCCCUUGAAUACACGGCAACAACACCGCCGUCAGAGAGACAGAGACACAGAGACACACAGACUCCGAGAGACCGGCUGUUUUUUGGGGGGAGCAACGGGAGCCUUCGACGCUGCGGAUAUGAACUGAAAAGCAACACUGGAAGAGGCAGGGAUCGUGUUUCCUGGACCCCCCCUAACCGCCCCCCUCCCUGGAUUUGACUGUGAAAAGGUGGAAAACUAGCCCCCCAACCCUCCAAAACAACCCCCCCCCCUAUCUCCCUCCCUCCACCAGUUCGUAUUCAGAUAGAGCUACACCCAAAAGCCCCCGACCGAACCCCCUCCUGCUCUUGCUGCUCCACCCCUCCGCCGCUGCACCGCUCCGGCAACCGAGAUGCACACGGAGACCCGUAACAAGAAACAGGCCGACGUCGGGGACGACUGCUCGCAGCCGACGGACCUGAAGGUGAAGACGGAGCCGGCGUGCAAGACGGAGCCGUCCUCUCCGGAGCCGCGCCCGGCCGAGGACCAGACGGAGCCCGUCGACCUGUCGCUCCACAAGCCGCGCUCCUCCUCGCUCCCCGCCUCCACCAUGGGCCUCGCGGUCAACCCCGCCCCCAGCGGCGUCAUGACCCAGCCCGGCCUGUCGGCCACCCCGGUCCCCUCUGCCAUGCAGUCCAUCGGCUCCAUGGUCCUCUCCCCGGGCUCCAUCUUGGCCACUCAAGGUGCCGGGGGCCAGCAGAUCCUCCACGUCAUCCACACCAUCCCCUCGGUCAGCAUGCCCAGCAAGGUGGGCCAGCUCCAGACCAUCCCCGUGGUGGUGCAGUCUCUGCCCGUUGUCUACACCACCAUGUCCACUGACGGCGUCGCCACGGCGGCCAUUACCGUGCCUCUCAUAGGGAGCGACGGGCGCUCAGAAGGAUCCGUUCGCAUAAAGCCCGGUUCGACGUCUCCGGUGGAGUACCAGAGCGACAGCGACGCAGAGAGCGGCACGGAGUCCGGCUCGGCCUCCCUCAGCGCCCAGAGCCUCGACGCCGGGUCGGUCAUGGACCUGGAGCCCGUGGAUCCGGAUUCCCCGGACAUCAAGAGGAGGCGGAUCCACAUGUGCGACUAUGAAGGCUGUAAAAAGGUUUACACCAAGAGCUCCCACCUCAAAGCGCACCGGAGGAUACACACAGGAGAGAAACCCUACCACUGCACCUGGGAGGGCUGCACCUGGCGCUUCGCCCGCUCCGACGAGCUGACCCGGCAUUUCCGCAAGCACACCGGCAUCAAACCUUUCCGCUGCACCGAGUGCGACCGCUCCUUCUCCCGGUCCGACCACCUCUCCCUGCACCGCCGCCGCCACGUCAUGAUGUGAACUCUGACCCCCCCGCCCACCACGAACACCGACAGCUCCCCCCGUCAACCUCUGACCUUUGAAAGCCCCCACAGGACCUCUUGUACCAGUGACCCCUGCAGCCGAUAUAAAAGGACAACGUACCUGCUUCCUCCUCCUCCUCCUCCUCAUAUAGAAAUCACAGGAACAUCAGGUUUGUGUGCGUGUGCACGGGGGAGGAUUUACUGUGUGUUUCAACUCGCCACCAUCAUCGUCACGGCCGUCCAUCCAACAGCGCCUCCUCCCCCUCGUCUCCUCCCCCGGACCCCCCCAUCCAUCCAUCCAUCCAUCACCUGCAUCCAUCCGAAGGAGCGGAAAGGAAGAGGAGCAGCGGCGUGCGCCUUUGGUUCAUGAACUAAGGCCGGAAGGGGAAUGUCACCUCAGCAGCAGCAGCAACGCUUUUAGUAACGACAACUUGGCCUUUUCUUUCUCACCACCUUCGGCAGAAUUACCGAUCUAAGUCGGGAGCGAUCCGAUCAAAGAGGAGGCGAAGAAGACGCUAUGGAAACAUCUGGGUGGGUACGACAACAACAAAAUAUGAUUAAAAUACAAUUCACGCCCCCCCCCCCGGGGGGAAAUGCCCCCGCUCUGGGGCACGGGGAGUAAUUAGUGACAUCACAGUCCACCGACGUGGAAACAAUAUUUAUUUGGCUCUUUUCUUUCCAUCACAUGCAAAAAAACAUCAUAUCACUCGUUUAUAAAAAAACAUCUUUGAAAGAAACCAAAAGCUCAGCUUGAUAUAAAUUUGUAAUCACAGCUUUGUUGCUUUAAAGGCCUCCCGGUGUGUGUGUGUGUGUGUGUGUGUGUGUGUGUGUGUGUGAGAGCUUUUCUCACAGCAGCUGAAGUGACGUCAAACACGUAUUUCCUCUUCGGCAAAAACAUUGGAGAUGUAAAAGUCGAUUAACUUGCCCCCCCACCCGUCCUGCUACAGGGAGCUACAAGACUGUGAACUUUAUAAAGAUGCAUUUUGGUUUUAUUGUAUCAACUAUUGCUGUUUCCAUGCCCCCCGACCCCCGACCCCCGGCCCCCCUCCCCUCGAUAACAGUAUUUGCUUUGUGUGCGUCAUCGUUGCUGCUUCAGUCUUUGUUUCUCUCCUCCCGGCAUCCUUAAAAAAAAACCCUUUGUCUUUAGGACACAAACCGCUGAGGCCGCGGCGCAGAGACGAAGGCGAAGCUUUUCAGUGUGUGUUUCCGUGUGCGUCGUUCUUGUGUUUGUGCGUUAUUUUGAGACCAAACACACAAUCACGAUUUAAGACUUUUACGAGUGUGUGUGUGUGUGUUCCGGGCACUUGUUGUUUUUACCUGUUGCCCGUCGAGCCUUAAUAACUGAAUUAUCUGUAAGGGCGAAACCGGCGCCGCCAAUCGGCGACCUUUUGACCUCCGCCGAGCGCAGAGCCUCGUGUCCUCGCAUUGCUUCCCGUAGAAACGACUCGCCGUUACUCGAACGCUCGCGUUGCUUUUACUGUUUUCAAACCAAACCAGGAAGUGUGCGUCACUUGUUUGAGAAGCUGGAGGUUUAUUUGGG